AAGUGGACACGCAUAGCAUCAAAGCCACACACACAGACACAGCCGACAGGAUGAGGAUCCACUCACCCGCUCUGCUCGUCCUCCUCCUCUGCUCUCUCCUCGCCGGCGCGGCCAACGCCGAGCCCUCUCCGGAACCGACGUACAAGGACUGCCACCCAGGCGACAAGGCGGCGCUGCUCGCCGUCAAGGCCGCCUUCGGGGAGGCCUACGACUUCGCGUCCUGGACGCCGAACAACCCCUGCUGCGACUGGUAUGACGUCACCUGCGACCGCUUCACCGGCCGUGUCAUCGGCCUCGCCAUCUUCCAGGACGCCAACCUCACGGGCACCAUCCCCACUGCCCUGGCCGGCCUGCCUCACCUGGAGGACCUCACCCUGCGCCACCUCCCGGGUCUCUCGGGCCCCAUACCGCCGGCCAUCGGCAAGCUCUCCAACCUCUCCAGCCUCCGCAUCUCCUGGACGGCUGUCUCGGGGCCCGUGCCGUCCUUCCUGGGGGCGCUCAAGAAGCUCAACUUCCUCGAUCUCUCCUUCAACUCGCUCAGCGGCGCCAUCCCGGCGUCGCUGGGGACCAUCCCCAACCUGUCCGGCAUCAACCUCAGCCGCAACCGCCUCACCGGCGCCAUCCCCCCGAUGUUCCUCAGCAAGUCUCCGCACCAGGACGUUUACCUCUGGCUGUCGCACAACAACCUCACAGGGCCCAUCCCGGCAGACUUCGCCGCCGUGAAUUUCACGCACCUCGACCUGUCGCGCAACGACCUGACCGGCGACGCGUCGGGCCUCUUUGGCCGCGGGAAGGAGUUGCAGUACAUCGACCUAUCCCGCAACGCCUUCGAUUUCGACCUCUCAGGCUUGGUGCUCCCGGAGCGCCUCUACUUCGUCGAUGUGAGCCACAAUGCCAUCCAUGGCAGCAUCCCCGCGCAGGUCGCGAGCAUGUCCAACCUGAACUUCUUCAACGUCAGCUACAACAGGCUCUGCGGCCCUCUGCCCGCCGGCGGUAACAUGGCGGGGUUCGAUCUCUACAACUUUCAGCACAACAAGUGCCUCUGCGGUGCUCCCCUCCCUUCAUGCUAGAAGUAGAUGGAAUUAUCUGGUGGAUUUGACAGAAUAAUGCUAUUUUCUCUGUCGAUCAAUUCGACUAAUGUCUCCCUGGAUUAAGAGUUAUGCUGAAAUAAAGUCAAGAUGGUUAUGUA